AUGCAUUUCUUACUCUACACGACCUUUCUGCUGGUCAGCACAGCUAUGGCAUUGCAAAAUCCUCAUCGCAAGACUGCAUCUUUUAGAAACCCCGCCAGAUCUCGGCAGAAAAGAGAGCUUUCACCAUCUUCAGGGUUGCAGUAUCUGAAUAACCGAACGGAAGGCUAUCUAGUAAACGGUACUCAUUUCCCCCAAGUGCCGUUUGAUAUUGGCGAGAGCUACGCAGGUCUACUGAGCAAUACCCCACAUGGAAGCUCAAGUCUCUUCUUUUGGUUCUUUCCGUCGACAAAUCCGGCUGCUGAUAAGGAGAUCACAAUAUGGCUGAAUGGCGGACCGGGAUGCAGUUCCCUGGAUGGCUUGCUUCAGGAAAAUGGCCCCUUUCUAUGGCAAUCGGGGACCUACAAGCCUGUUCGAAACCCCUACUCGUGGUCUAAUCUGACCAACAUCGUCUAUAUUGAUCAGCCAGCCGGUACUGGCCUGUCACCAGGCCCGGCAACAGUGCAGGAUGAGAUCGAUGUGUCCAAUCAAUUUAAUGAUUUCUGGAAGAGGUUUAUUGAGACCUUUGGCAUGCAAGGAUACAAAGUUUAUAUCACCGGUGAAAGCUAUGCUGGACAAUACAUACCAUAUCUGGCGGCUGGAAUGCUUGACCAAAAUGAUACGACUCAUUUCAACCUGAAAGGCAUUCAAAUCAACGAUCCAUCCAUUAAUGAAGAUGGCGUCAUGAUCUACGCACCUGCGGUCGCAGCCUUAAAUUACUUUGACCGCAUAUUUGGUUUGAACGAAACGUUCAUGAAGGAUAUUAACGCCAAAUCUGAAAAGUGCGGCUUCAAUGGGUUCCUUGAAUCAGCUCUGAAAUUCCCACCACCAAAGAAUUUUCCCACUGCACCAGACCCCAGUCAAGGUGACUGUGACGUGUGGGAUCAGAUUGUCAAAGCAGCAACCUAUGUGAACCCAUGUUUCAACAUGUAUCAUUUGACAGACUUCUGCCCUUUUCUGUGGGAUGAAAUGGGCUUCCCAUCACUGGCUGGUGGGCCAAACGACUACUUCAACCAGAGUGCAGUUCAAGAGGCACUCCAUGUUCCACCCACCAACUAUGCUGUCUGCGGUGGGGACAUCUUCCCCAAUGGCGAUGGGUCAGUGCCAAGUGCCUUGGGUCCGCUCCCUAGUGUGAUUGAACGCACUAAUAACGUUGUUCUGGGACACGGGUGGCUUGACUACUUGUUAUUUAUGAAUGGCAGCCUAGCAACGAUACAGAACAUGACAUGGGGAGGAAAACAAGGAUUUCAAAAGGCGCCAACUGAGCCUCUCUUUGUGCCAUACACAGAUACUCUAGAUGAAAACGCCAAUGGCAAGGCAGAAUCGCCGUACACUGCCGAUGCAGGUGCUGGAAUUCUUGGCACGGCUCAUACAGAGCGCGGUUUAACAUUUACUACGGUCUAUGGCUCUGGACACGAGAUUCCUCAAUAUGUCCCCGGGGCUGCCUAUCGACAACUCGAAUUCCUCUUGGGCCGUAUCGACAGUCUUCAACAGAGGGGGUCAUAUACAACACUGUAG